AUGGUUCUAGAUACGAUGACCUCGUACCUCAACGGGGUUACCGCCGCUCUUCGGUUCGCCAAGGAUUAUGCGAUAGCUGCUGCUGCCUACGCGUUGGCUAGCAAAGCUCACAAAGCAAUGCCGACUCUAACCUCUCUGGACUCCGUUUCCCGUCUUAGUCCGCUUGUUAUUCGAAUCCUUGGGCAGAAUCCUGGACCAUUCACGCUUCAAGGGACGAACACGUAUCUUAUUGGAAGCGGAAAAAAGAAAAUUCUGAUCGACACUGGAGAACCGGACAUCCACGAAUACGUUGCUUUGCUUAAAUCAACUCUUGAGGAAGACCAAAGUGAGAUCGACUCGAUCAUUAUAACCCAUUGGCAUAACGAUCAUGUUGGCGGAAUUCCCAAUGUCGUAAAAGAUGUCAUUGGUCAUGAGGUCCCGAUUUACAAAAUUCAACGUGGAACUGCUGAAGAUCCAUCGCAGUUCCAUUAUGUAGAAGAUGGUCACGAAGUUCAAGUCGAGGGUGCGACUUUGAGGUUUGUACAAACUCCUGGCCACACGUGCGAUCACACUUCUCUAUGGCUGAACGAGGAGCAGACGUUGUUCAGCGGUGAUUGCAUCCUUGGCGAGGGGACAACGGUUUUCGAAGAUCUUCAUGACUACAUGAAAAGUUUGGAAAUAAUCAAGGGACUACACGCAAAACGGAUCUAUCCCGGUCAUGGUCCUGUUGUUGAGAAAUGUGACGAAAAAGUUGACGAGUAUGUGAAGCACCGUAUGAUUCGUGAGAAUCAAAUUGUUGAAGCAUUAAUCAGCCUCGGCGAAGCUAGUAGCAUGGAUAUCACAGUACUUGUUUACAAGGAUGCGCCACUCUCGGUACGAUUGGCUGCUUUAAAUAAUGUAAGGCUACAUUUGAAUAAACUAAUCAAGGACGGGCGCGUGGAGACGGCCGCUUCUGGUUUGUAUCAUCUAAUCCACUAA